AUGAAUGAUGAACUGCAUAUUCCUCAAACUGCGAAUGAUCGAAAGCUAGAAAUUGGAAUGAAAUUUGCAUCAAUAGACGAUGCAUUUGAAUUCUACAAUCAAUAUGCUUGUGAAGCUGGUUUUAGUGCAAGAAUAAGCAAUAGCAAAAAGAAUAAGAUGAAUGAAGUUGUUUGGAAACAAUUUGUAUGCUUUAAAGCUGGUCAAACUGAUGAAGUCCGCUCAAAAAAUCGAGCGUCGAGUGGUGGCCCGAUCAAGAAAAGAGCUCGUGGUGAAGUUAGAACUUAUUGUAAGGCAAAGAUCUCCAUUGUCAAACAACAAACUGGACCCUAUUGGAGUAUUAGCUUAUUCACUGAAGGUCAUAAUCAUGGACUUUCUACUCCUUCAAAAGUGCAUUUACUCCGAUCAUACCGUAGUGUCUCUGCUGCGAAGAGAGUGUUGACACAACAAUUUUCAGAAGCUAAUAUACCGACCUGUCAGCAAAUGCAACUAAUGGAGAUAGAGCAUGGGGGGCCUGAAAGUGUAGGUUGCACUGAAAGAGAUAUCAGGAAUGUUGAGAGAGAUAUGAGGGAUGAACAGAAGGGGAUCGAUGCCGAAAAUUUGGUAGAAUUCUUUACAUCUGAAAAGGAGAAAAAUUCAUCAUUUUUCUUUGACUAUGAGACAGAUUCAGAUAAUAGGUUCAAAAGAUGUUUUUGGGAAGAUCAUAAAUCAAGGAGUGCUUAUAGUGUAUUCGGUGAUGUUGUUGUGUUUGAUUCUACCUAUAACACUAAUAAGUACGAAAUGAUUUUUACACCGUUCGUAGGAGUAAAUCAUCACCAUCAAACAAUUGUUUUUGGUUGUGGAUUUCUAAGUGAUGAGAAGACAGAAUCAUAUUUGUGGCUGCUUAAUAAGUUCAUGGAAGCUGUGCCAACAAGUGCUCCAAAAGCAAUCGUCACUGAUCAAGAUCCUGCUAUGACGAAAACACUUGCACAAGUUUUGCCGAAAACAGUACACCGUUAUUGUUUGUGGCACAUAUUGAAUAAAUUUCCGGAAAAGAUUUCAGCAGUGACUUUCCGAGAGCAUUAUCAGAGCAUAAAAAAUGUUAUAAAAAAUUCUACUUCUCCUGAGGAAUUCGAGCAUUGGUGGAAAGAUGUUAUUAGAUUUGCUAACUUAGAGCAAAAUACUUGGAUCUUGUUGAUGUAUGAAUUGCGACAUAAGUGGGUUCCGUCAUACUUUAGUCAUGUAUUUUUUGCUAGGAUGUCAAGUAGUCAGAGAUCUGAGAGUUCGCAUUCAUUUUUCAAAAAGUAUGUCUCUCACAAGAACUCAUUGAUGGAUUUUAUCACUCGAUUCAAUCGAGCACUAAGACACCAAAGACACAAUGAGUUAGUUGAUGAUCAUAUUGACAUGAAUGAGCAUCCCAAAAUCAAAACAAAUUGGCUGAUGGAAACGCAAAUGGUUAAAGUGUACACGAAGAAAAAAUGGACGGAGUUUCAAGAUGAAAUGAGUCAAAGUCAUGGUUACUUUGUGGAGCAUAGAUGA